AUGCCAAAACUACAGCCUCAUAGAUUCAAAGUAGUUGGACCACCCGCUUCAAAUGAAGAUCUUGACACGUUUAUUAAAAAUUGUAAAUCACUUGGAAUGUCGCACCCUGCAAUACCUGAAGAAUUAGAGUCCUUGUGGCGCAUUGGCUCUGAAUGGCAUCUUGUAGAAGAACAUUACAAUGUUUUCGGUUUCAAUAUAUACAAUCCCAAAGAGAUUAUACAAAUCACAAAUAGCGUAUUCGGAAGUGAAGAAAUCAAACAAGAAUGGGCUUCAGAGAUACAAGGUGUUUCCUGUGCAGAUAAAGACUGGCUUUGUGUCUGUGGUUAUUCAGAAUAUGAUUAUAUAUUUAUGAAUUUUGAUAAAGAAUCAAGCCUCUUUGGCGCAACGAGGCAUAUGGUCAAUAAUUGUAGUACAGAUGAAGAAUUAACUGCUCCACCAGCGUCAAACUUUAUAGCUUAUGUAGAGAGAUAUUUGGAAAAUUGGAAUGAAGAUGAAGAAAUAAGCACCUAA